GUUGAGUCUUGCUAAACUUGGGCCUUCUCUCCCUGAAAGGAAGAAGAGGAUACUGGCUACUUGGGAUUAAAGUCUCUGCCAGGAGACCACCUCUCAAGAGCUAUGAUCAUCAGGAAAGCCCUUUCUGAGGAAAAACGCGUCUCAACAAAAACAUCAGCUGCAGACCUCGUGACAGAAACGGAUCACCUUGUGGAAGGUUUAAUUAUUUCCGAGCUGCAAAAGAGGUUUCCUUCGCACAGGUUCAUUGCUGAAGAGGCUGCAGCCGCCGGGGCCAAGUGUGUGCUCACCCCCAGCCCCACCUGGAUCGUCGACCCCAUUGAUGGCACCUGCAACUUUGUGCACAGAUUUCCCACCGUGGCAGUAAGCAUUGGAUUCGCUGUAAACCAAGAGCUGGAAUUUGGAGUGAUUUACCACUGCACAGAGGAGCGGCUGUACACAGGCCGGAGGGGCCGGGGCGCCUUCUGCAACGGCCAGCGACUCCGGGUCUCCGGGGAGACAGAUAUCUCCAAGGCCUUGGUUCUAACGGAAAUUGGCCCCAAACGUGACCCUGCCACUCUGAAAUUGUUCCUGAGCAACAUGGAGAGGUUACUCCACGCCAAAGCUCAUGGGGUCCGAGUUAUCGGGAGCUCCACCUUGGCACUCUGCCACCUGGCCUCGGGGGCUGCGGAUGCUUAUUACCAGUUUGGCCUGCACUGCUGGGACCUGGCUGCCGCCACCGUCAUCAUCAGAGAAGCAGGUGGCAUCGUGAUGGACACUUCAGGUGGACCUCUCGACCUCAUGUCUUGCAGAGUGGUGGCUGCGGGCACCCGAGAAAUGGCGACGCUCAUAGCUCAGGCCUUACAAACGAUUAACUAUGGGCGGGAUGAUGAGAAGUGAAAGGGAGCAGAGGGGCAGAGAAAUGUGACCCAAGGACUGGGCCCUCCUGGGAAUGCUGAGGCUGGCGGCGAGCCCUGGGACAAAGCUGCCUCCAGCAGCCUGCACACAUCAAGUGUCUCUGACCACCCCCAAGAGGUGUUUUGCUAAAGUAUGUGGCUUUCUGGUUAAAUCCACGUCUUUCACCGGGAUUCGGUGUUUAGCUGGUGUCUCUCUUUAAUCUCACAUAGCCUUUAUCAGGUUAGUACACAUUCUUCUAUCAGGGCCAAAAUCCAAAUCUCGUGUGACAUACGUAUUGAAAAUUGAGUCUUGAUUUUUUUUCCUCCAGAAUGCAAAUCUCAGGUAAUAAGGCUUUAGAACUGCUGAUGAAGCGGACUUGUUCUCAGGCCCUCCCCCAUGGUACUUCAGAAUGCAAUAAAUCAAAAUAAUGGCGCUCUGCU